ACUGUCGUAAACUAAGAUUGCAUGACGGCUUCCUAGCUUUACGGUGACGGCAACUAUGGCGGCUGCCAGUGGUCGAUUUGAAAGUGCGAAGAGUAUUGAAGAGCGUAAAGAACGGACCCGGAUUGCCAGGGCCGAGGUGUUGCGCCAGGCUAAAGCCAAUUUUGAAAAAGAAGAAAGACGUAAAGAACUUAAGCGACUUCGGGGUGAGGAUACAUGGAUGCUGCCUGAUGUGAAUGAGCGAAUUGAACAAUUCUCACAGGAACAUUCUGUGAAGAAAAAGAAGAAAAAAGAUAAGCAUUCGAAAAAAGCAAAGAAAGAGAAGAAAAAAAAGAGCAAGAAACAAAAAUAUGAAAACGAGUCAGCUGAUAGUUCAUCAAGCUCUGAAGAUGAGUGGGUUGAGGCUGUUCCAUCCCAGACUCUUGGCAAAGAAAAGGCCUGGAAAGUGAAAGGUGAAAAGUCAGAACAGGAAGACGACAAGCAAGCUAUUCAGAGGGAUGAGUGGAUGACUGUUGAUUUUAUGUCUGUUAAAACUGUGUCAUCAUCAUCACUCAAAGCUGAAAAAGAAGCUCUGAGGAAAGUAGAGCAAGAGAAAACUCAAGCACUUGAGCAGUCCAAACUGCUAGAAAGAGAAUUGAAUCCAUAUUGGAAGGAUGGUGGGACAGGUCUUCCACCAGAAGACUGUGUAUCAUCGAUUAGUAAAGUUUCAGUAGUAGAAGAUGGUGGAUUAAGCUGGCUAAGGAAGUCUUAUCAGAGAAUGAAGGAACAAGCUGAGAAACAAAACAGAAAUUUUGAGGACAUUGUAGCUGAAAGAUAUGGAUCAAUGGAAAUAUUUCAGUCAAAAUUGGAAGAAGCUGAAAAAACUGCAUCCACAAAAGAAGAUUAUAGGCGAGAACGGUGGAGGAAACCAACAAUUUCAGAUAAAGCACAAAAUAGUCAAGAAAGUAGGAAAUCAGACUUGGUAAGAUAUAGUAGCAGUUCAAGGGAUAGAUAUGCUACAACAGAUAUUGUAAACAGUAGCAAUAAAGAUAAGUUUAGUGGUGCUGAAAAAGAUAAGAGAUCUGCAUCUUUAGAAACACGUAGAAGAGAAUCCAACCCAAGGCAGAAUAAAGAGUUUUCUUCCCUUGGAAAUUUGAGACCUAAGUUUUUGAGACCCUCUGAUGAUGAAGAACUGUCGUAUCACAGCAAGGGUAGAAAUUUUGAACCAUUUAGUUCAUCUUCAGCAUUGGUAGCUCAGGGUUCUUUUCAUUGUGGUUUUCGAAAACCCACUGAGACCGGUGAAGAAUGUUUGACAUCAUGGAGUCAAUCUGAUGGAAGAGGAGAUAAGAAACAUUCAAAUCAAAAGCCAUCGGAAACCAGUAGCAGUGUUGAAUACCGACACAUUUCAGGAGAUGUGACAGAAAAAUUACAAGAUGAAAGCUUGAGAGAUGACCCUCAAAAAAAAGAACAUCUGCAGGACACAAAGUCUACAUUUGCAAGUAGUCCGGAAGAUGAGCCCAUUCACAUCCUGAGUGUUGAUGAGAAGAACAAGUUGGGAGCCAAGAUUAUCAAGGCAGAGAUGAUGGGGAAUAUGGAAUUAGCUGAACAACUUAAAGCUCAACUUGAAAAGGCAAAUAAAUUCAAAGAAACUAUGACACAGAUAUCAAAAACCGGGGAAGAGUAUGACGACCAGCAAGAAGUAGUCCUUGUCAGAACAGAUCAGUCUGGAAGAGUAUGGCCUGUGAACAAACCAGGAAAAUCUCUGGAAUCAAAAGGAGGAAGAAGGAGACAGAUGGUUUCAACCCAUGAGGAGAAAGAAAGGGUCAGAUACUUUCAUGAUGAUGAUAAUCUAAGCCUAAAUGAUUUAGUCAAAAAUGAAAAGAUGGGAACAGCAGAAAAUCAAAACAAACUUUUUAUGAGAAUGGCAUCUAAGUUUAUGGGAAAAACAGAUGGAGACUAUUAUACUCUGGAUGACAUGUUUGUCUCCAAAGCAGCUGAGAGAAAAUGUCUUGGUGAAGAAGAAGAGAACCAGAGGAAAAAAGCUAUUGCUGAGCAUCAGAGUCUUGCUGCACAAAUGGAAAAAUGUCUAUAUUGUUUUGACAGCUCUCAAUUUCCCAAGCACCUUAUUGUUGCAAUAGGUGUUAAGGUUUAUUUAUGUUUACCCAACUUCCGAUCUCUCACCGAGGGGCACUGCCUGAUAGUCCCUUUGCAGCACCAUAGAGCAGCUACUUUACUGGAUGAAGACAUCUGGGAGGAAAUUCAGAUGUUCAGAAAAUCAUUGGUAAAGAUGUUUGAAAAUAAAGGAUUGGACUGCAUCUUCUUAGAAACUAAUAUGAGCACCAAGAAACAAUAUCACAUGGUUUAUGAAUGCAUUCCUCUCCCAAAGGAAGUGGGUGAUAUGGCUCCCAUCUAUUUUAAGAAAGCCAUAAUGGAAUCUGAUGAAGAAUGGUCCAUGAACAAGAAGUUGAUUGAUCUCUCUUCAAAAGAUGUCAGAAAGUCUGUACCCAGAGGCUUACCUUAUUUCUCUGUGGAUUUUGGCCUCCAAGGAGGGUUUGCCCAUGUCAUUGAAGAUCAGCACAAAUUCCCUUCGUACUUUGGAAAGGAAAUCAUUGGUGGGAUGCUGGAUAUAGAACCAAGACUUUGGAGGAAAGGGGUCCGAGAAAACUUUGAGGAUCAGAGGAAGAAAGCACUGCAGUUUGCUCAGUGGUGGAAACCAUAUGACUUCACUAAAAGUAAAAAAUGUUGAGGUGUACCUUUCAUUUUUAGUUUCCUCUUCAGAUCCCAUUCAGGUUUAUUUCCAUUAUGUGUAUAACUAACCAGCUGACCCUCAGGUCAUAGAAAGAGAGUCACAGCAAUAGACUGCUCUGGAUCUCUGACAACUGUUGUGCAGUUGUGUUGUUUUCUUCCCCACCUGCUCCUGUGGACUUCAUAUUAGGGACUUCCAUAUGUAUAUAUUGCAUGACCUGCUCACAUUCCUGUUCUGUACCUACUUCUUGGUGUCUGAACUAUUCAGUUAAUUUAGAGAAGGGCUUUUCUGAAGGGGUAUUUAGGAAGCACAGAAAAUCCUUCGUUCAGAGGGAAAUGGAUCUGCUUCAAGGUUAAGUCUAUUGCCUGGUUUCUUUUGCAUUUUUUAGAACAAGACUUGGUGUAAUUUGGUAAUAAUUGAAAUUUCUUUUCAUAGGAUUUUAUAGAAGAGAUCUUAGUUUUCUACCAGUAGCGUAUAGUAUCACUACUAUUCUUUUUGUUAAAAGAAAAAGAAUUAAAAAUUAAAUGAUAGUAAAGAU